UUUCAUUUCAUUUCAUUCUUUAACCAAAAAAAAAAAAUCCCAAUCCACACUUUUCUUUCUCUCUGCAAACUGAAUAUUCCUAAUUCCUAUUCUUUUCUAUAAAACCAUUAUAAAUUACACACACACAUUACACCAAUUUCAUCACUCACAAAAACAAUACCCAUCAUUUUCAAUUUUCAUAAUCGGUUCCGCGAUUGAUAAAUUUCAUUUCAAUAUUGAAAUUUGACAAGAAUCGUUAAAAAAAGAUUUGAUCUUUGAAUCAGGGGUAUUUUCGGUAUGAGACUAAACGGAGAAAUCUCAAGCGAAGAAGAAGAAGAAGUGAUGGAGAAAUCUGAGGUGAGUACGACACCGUUUUUGGGUCAGAAAAUUGUUGUUGGAUAUGCUUUAACUGCGAAGAAGAAGAAAAGUUUUCUUCAACCAAAUUUCAUUUCUCUUGCAAGGAGCAAGGGGAUAUACUUUGUUAACAUUGAUCUAAACAAGCCACUGUCAGAACAAGGUCCAUUUGACAUUGUCUUGCACAAGUUGUUAGGCGAGGAAUGGCGAGAGAUUAUUGAGACAACCACAUCUUCUGGAUACCACACAACUUCUGACAUAAUUUACAGAGUUCUUGCUCUCCUCAUCAUGAAUCAUGAUCAGAUAGUUGAGAUCAGUCCCCCAAACCAAGUAUUCAAACAAGAUUUCAGGCAAAAACAUCCCGAUGUAUUCGUUCUUGAUCCUCCAGAUGCAAUUCAACAUUUACACAACCGCCAAUCCAUGCUUCAAGAUGUGGUGGAUCUAAACUUAUCUGAGUGCAAUGGCAAGGUUGGCAUCCCUCGUCAGCUAGUUAUUACAAAAGACAAAGACCCAUCUACUAUUCCUUAUGAAGUCACCAAAGCUGGGUUGAAGUUGCCAUUAGUUGCAAAACCUCUAGUUGUGGAUGGCAGUGCAAAGUCGCAUGAACUGUUUCUUGCUUAUGAUGAGUUCUCUCUUUCAGAGCUUGAACCUCCACUGGUUCUGCAAGAGUUUGUCAAUCAUGGUGGUCUUCUCUUUAAGAUUUAUAUUGUUGGGGAAUACAUAAAGGUUGUGAGGCGUUUCUCUCUUCCUAAUAUCAGUAAACGCGGGCUAUCAAAAGUCGCAGGUGUAUACCGUUUUCCAAGAGUUUCAUGUGCAGCAGCUUCUGCAGAUGAUGCUGAUCUUGAUCCUAGUAUUGCCGAACACCCACCAAGACCUUUGCUGGAGAGGCUUGCGAAAGAGCUUCGUCAUAGAUUGGGACUUCGCUUGUUCAACGUAGAUAUGAUUCGUGAAUAUGGGACGAAGGAUGUGUUUUAUGUCAUUGAUAUCAAUUACUUUCCUGGGUAUGGAAAAAUGCCAGACUACGAGCACGUCUUUACAGAUUUUCUACUUAACCUAAAGCAGAACAAGUGUAAGAAGAAACUUGCUGCCUAAAGCAAGAGAAGUUGGAAGGAGCAUCUGUGUUUAACAAAAUAUUUUCUGUUUUCUUUUCUGUUCUCGUUAACAAUUACAAAAAAUAUCAUUAUUUUUAUUCUAUUUCCUAUUUUCAAAUAUUUAUGAAGGAAGUGAUGAAAACAACAUAUUUUGAUGUUUUCGUUGUUUUCUGAAUAAAUAUUUAAGAAUAAGAAAUAAAAUCAAAAUUGUGAUAUUUUUAUAAUUGUUAACGUAAACAAGAAAUAAAAACAAUAAAAUAUUAUUUUUACUGAAUAGAUCAUUAGAUUAGAUCCGAUGAAUAGAAUGUUCAUGCUUAGUGGCUUUCUGAAAAUUGAAGAAUAUUAUAGCCUUAACAACAUUGUCUAUAAACUGGCACGAAAUGUCAACGAUAAUGCUGCUAAAAUAUUUGUUGAAAUAUGGUUGUCUAAUCUUUGUAUACCACUCUGUCCCAAUUUCUACCAAAAAGUACCUUUGUUGCUAGUUAUAUGCUUGCCUAAAUAAGUAGUGCAAACUUUAUUGUUGCUAAAUAACAAGAUUCAUGUUUCAUA